UGAUAAUGAAAUGUUAAUGAAAAAGGUUUUUUAAUUUUUACUGUUAAAACUUAAUGUUGCGAUGGCGUAAGAUUUACGAAUUACGAUGCUUAUAAAUAACUUGAGAAUACACUUAAAUCUAAUAACUUAAAUUUAAAGCAACACUGAAUUAUCAGUGAAUUGUUUUUAGUUUUAUUAAGUGUCUAUAGAAGGUACAUAAAAUAUAACCUAAUACAUUUUCAAGUCGAUAUUAAUCGAGUAUUUAAUAUUUAAUAUAUCAAAUGAUUGCGAGGGCAUUCCUCAAGACGUGUGCGACUGUAAGAGUGUUUAGAAAAUGUACCCCUUCGAACUAUAGGUUCCUUAGCACUGAUAUUUGGAAUGAAGAUCUAACUUUAGAUGUAAAACUCAAAAUUGAAAAACAUUGGAAAGAAAAACUGUGUAAAGGUACUUUUGACUCGAAAAAUGUCGACGACAAAUUUUAUGUACUUUCCAUGUUUCCUUACCCAUCUGGUCGACUUCACAUGGGCCAUGUUCGUGUUUAUGUUAUUUCCGAUUCAAUAGCUAGGUUUCAUCGUAUGAAUGGACAAAAUGUAUUUCAGCCAAUGGGAUGGGAUGCAUUUGGUCUUCCAGCUGAAAAUGCAGCCAUGUUACAUGGUGUACCUGCUGAUCAAUGGACUGUUUCAAAUAUUGAACACAUGAAACAGCAACUAUUACAACUAGGAUGCAGUUUUGAUUGGUCUCACGAAAUAAGUACAUGUGACCCAAUGUACUAUAAAUGGACUCAAUGGUUAUUUAUUAAAAUGUUUGAAUCGGGUCUUCUUUAUUCUAAAGAAGCUGAAGUAAAUUGGGAUCCGGUAGAUGAAACGGUGUUGGCAAAUGAACAAAUAGAUGAAAAUGGAUGUUCAUGGAGAUCUGGUGCAGCCGCAGAGAAAAAAACCUUAAAACAAUGGUUCAUUAGAACUACAAAAUUUUCCAAUGAUAUGUAUAAGGGAUUAAAUGACCCUUCAUUAAAAGGCUGGCGUGAUAUAAUUAAUCUUCAAAAACAUUGGAUUGGAGAAUGCAAUGGUUAUGCAUUUGAUUUUGAUCUGUACACUGAUAACGAAUAUCGAACGGUACUUAACAUUUGGACUCCAUACCCAGAACACAUUCCUUUAUCUACGUUUAUUUGUAUUAAACCCAAUUCGUUUGUUCAUAAACAUUACGUAAUGAAAUCUAAUAAUGUCUUAAUAAAAAAUGUAAUAACUGGCAAAAAGCUACCGAUUUUGAUCACCGACUGUGUUGAAUAUCCUGAUGGCCAAGAUGUCCGUUUAGCUGUUCCGCAAGUAUAUGAUGUUGAUAAAGAAUUAGCUAAAAAGCACUGUUUAUCUGAUGGCCACGAAAAUAGUAAAUUAACUAAAGAAGAUGUUUGUAAAAUAGCAAAAGAGUUAAACAUUGGAGGUUACGCCGUGAGUUCAAAAUUACAAGAUUGGUUGAUAUCUAGACAAAGAUAUUGGGGUACACCUAUUCCAAUUAUCCAUUGUAAUAAAUGUGGAAAUCAAACUGUGCCAAUAAAUCAGUUACCAGUCACGUUGCCUAUGUUGAAUGUACCAGGCGAUAGAAAGUUUAAAUCAUUAGAAAUGGCAGCUGACUGGAUUAAGACUAGUUGUCCAAAAUGUGGCAGUGAAGCGAGAAGAGAAACUGACACAAUGGAUACUUUUGUAGACUCUAGUUGGUAUUACUUAAGGUACCUCGAUCCAAAAAAUGAGAAUUUAAUUUUCAAUGAGUCUUUGGCUCACAAAAUGAUGCCAAUUGAUAUUUACGUUGGCGGCAAAGAACAUGCCGUGUUGCAUUUGUACUAUGCAAGAUUUUUCAAUUAUUUUCUGCAUUCUAUUGGCCUUGUGCCUGAACCAGAACCAUUUAAAAAUUUGUUAGUUCAAGGAAUGGUAAUGGGACAGAGUUUCAAAGAUAAGAUUAGUGGUUUGUACUUAAAACAAGACCAAGUCGUAAAAAAAGGCAAAAGGUAUUUCACUAUAAACGGUGACCAUCCGGUGACUACAGUUUGGGAAAAGAUGAGCAAAUCUAAACAUAAUGGAGUGGAACCGUCGAGCACUUUAGACGAAUAUGGUGUAGAUACUAUGCGGCUUUUGAUCCUAUCGAGCGUGGCUCCUACUUCGAAUAGAAAUUGGAACUCGGACACUUUUCCUGGUAUUUUAAAUUGGCAACAAAAACUAUGGUCAAUCAUACAACAGUUUCGACACAUAAGGACUAGUAGUCUUCAACAAGAUUCUAUUGAUUUUUCAAAAUUCCAUGACGAACAAAUGAAACUAUGUGAGGCACGUAAUUAUUAUGUUAAAAAAACAUCAAAAAAUUAUAGAACAUCGUAUCAACUAAGUGUCGCUAUUUCAUAUUUACAAGGACUAUCAAAUGUCCUAAAGAAGUCUCCCAAAGAAAUGGUCAAGUAUAGUGGUGAAUAUGAACGUCUAUUAGCUGUACAGAUAAUAAUGUUAGCUCCGUUGGCACCUCACUUUGCGUCAGCUUUGUGGAGUGGUUUUAUAACUGCACCAGGCCGUAUAAACUCAAACUGGGAACAAAUCAAAUGGGAUGAAGACGUGGUCAAUCAAAGUUGGCCCCAGGUGGAUGAUAAUUUUGAACUCAAAUUUUAUUGUCUGGUUAAUAAUGCUGUUAAAUGUGUAUUAAAAAUUCCUAAAAAAGAAGCGGUAUUGUUAACUAAAGAAGAUGCACUGAAAAGAGCAUUACAACAAGAUAUUAUUCAGGAGUAUACUUCAUCGUGGAAUAUAAUUAAUACAACAUUGCAAUUGUAUGAAGACGAUGAUGUUUAUUUUUAUAUAAAAACUGAUAGAAAAUUCACGCCAAAAAAGAAAUCUGACAUUGAAAUUAAAAAAGAGCAUACAAAAUGUAACUAGUGUAUGAUUCUAUAAUCAUUUAUUUAAUUUUAAUUAUAUGUUUUGAAAUUGUUAUUAUAUCAGAUUUUUACUCUUGCAGUCAUAAUAUUAGACAAUUUUUGCCGCUUUUAUAAAUACUUAAUUGUUGAACAUUAAAAUUGCUUUUUGUUCAAUGGAACCUAUGUAUGCUAUUAUAAUUUUGUGAGAGACAAAACAAUUGUUUUAACAAUUUACUAUAAUCUUUCCAUUCGAGAUUCAUAAUCAUCUUUUUGUUUUAUUUACAUAGUUUUGUAAUUGUUUGUUUCUCCUGUUAAAACCCUAUUAAAAAUAUACAUAAUAUGUCCCCUUUUAUAAAAUCAACUUGUAUUCUAUUCGUUUUGGAAUCUCAACAGAUAGUUCUGAGUAUAAUAAAGUAUAUUACAAAUUAUUUGCCAUUGAAAAUAGUUGAUAAUUAAUUGUAAUGAAAAAUCAACCCACCGAAAUAUGUUAAACCUUUUUAAAAGUAUAGACUUAGCUUGUUGAUUUUUAUAUGUAUUGUCUUCAAUAUUGGUGGACAAAUUUUGUAUGUUUACAAUUAAAAAAUGAUAUGAACUCUAUUGAAAUUGUCUAGUGGCUGGCGACUGCACUGUUGAAAAUUAUGUGAUCAAUAUU